AUUGAGUCUUGCAAGUCGUACAAGUGAAGCCACAAUUUGUCAAUCCUGACUGGCGAAACCACGAUUCGUCAGUUGCGAGAGUCAUCCAAAUGCCACCUGCCUCUUUAAUCUCGCAGAUCAGCUUGCAAGGUUCCAGCUCCUGAUGGCAUUGCAUCAAAUACAAACCGAGAACUUUCCGCCAUUUUUCAAGCGUGAUCAACUUGUCCCACGGGGAGCCGAUCAUAAGAGACAGCUUUAACGCUGUUCAACAUUUUCAAACUGGGACACUUCGACCUUCCCCUCUUCUUUCAGACCAGUCCUUUGAUUCACACCACGAUUCUGAAGCAUUCUCUUGACUCGCCAGAGUCUACCUAUAUCACAAAAUGAAGGUGACCGUCUUGUUAACGGCAAUGGCGGCUUGCAUUGCUGCACUGCCUACUAUUCCUCAUUCAGGUCAGGCUCAAACCAGUGCAGAUGAAUCCUACCUCCCCAUGAAGACACGGGCUGAGACCAACGCCGACGAGUCUUAUUUGCCAAUGAAGAGGGCCGAGACCAGCGCCGACGAAUCGUACCUUCCAAUGAGGCGGGCAGAGACGAACGCAGACGAGUCUUAUCUCCCAAUGAAGCGAUUCGAAACCAGCGCAGACGAGUCUUACGACCCUAUGAAGCGCGCUGAAACCAGUGCCGACGAGUCUUAUGACCCCAUGAAGCGCGCUGAAACUAGCGCCGAUGAGUCCUAUCUUCCAAUGUAGACAGGCUCACGUCAAGAUGGGUUCUGUUGGUUUUCGAGUCUCUCAACUCCGAUAUGAGUCUGAGCAAGAGAACUCAACCCAGAGAUCAUGAAGCUCAAGAUCAAAAGCUCGGGAUCGAUUGCGAUACUUAGUUGUUGUGGGCGCAGCGCUAUAUUUACGUUGGCUUUUUACUUUAGAACGAGGAGUCCUGACUAAAUACAACCACGA